UUUAAUGCAAAGUAAAAAGUGAGUGCACCCAGAUGUGCACGCAUGCUUACAGCCCACCGCUGGAGUAGGAGGGGAACUGGGCGGGCCCCAAUUUUUUUCGGAUGUCCAAGACAUGCAGCUUCCAACCCGCUGAUGGCAACAGAUAAGUAAAAAAGGCAACAGGACAACACGCAGCAAGUGAAGUGGAAAGCGGCUCCCGUUGUACUCCUUAUCCCACUCCGGAAAACUUUUGGACGAGUCAGGCUUUCAAGAACCUCUCUCUCUCUUUUUUUUUUUUGCUCGCUUUUUUUGCCGGUGAAGUUGACGUCGUCUCGUGUAAAAGGUGUGGAUGCGGAAAAGACAUUUAGUCUUCUUCUACCCAGCGCGCCUUUAAGUCUUAACUAAUGACGGCAGAAGUCCAGCAGCCCCAAGCGCACACUCCUGCCCAGAGCGGCCCCAUGUCUGCUCCGGACAAGACCGCGGUGAUGGACACCGCUGCUUCCUCCACCGCCAAAGCCAAGAAAACCAACGCGGGAAUCCGCCGGCCGGAGAAACCUCCUUACUCUUACAUCGCCCUCAUCGUCAUGGCGAUCCAGAGCUCCCCGACCAAGCGGCUUACCCUCAGCGAGAUCUACCAGUUCCUGCAGAGCCGCUUCCCCUUCUUCAGGGGCUCCUACCAGGGCUGGAAGAACUCGGUGCGCCACAAUUUGUCCCUCAACGAAUGUUUCAUCAAACUGCCCAAGGGUCUGGGCCGGCCGGGGAAGGGUCACUACUGGACUAUCGACCCGGCGAGUGAGUUCAUGUUCGAGGAGGGCUCGUUCAGGAGGAGACCCAGAGGCUUCCGGCGCAAGUGCCAAGCGCUCAAGCCGAUGUACAGCAUGAUGAACGGUUUGGGCUUCAACCACAUCCCAGAGUCGUACAACUUCCAGGGGAGCGGCGGGGGGCUGUCGUGUCCGCCCAACGGCUUGUCCCUGGACGGCGGGAUCGGGAUGAUGAACGGACACCUGGGGGGGAACAUGGACGGCAUGGCUCUGUCCGGCCAUUCUAUGACGCACUUGUCGGCCAACGGCGGCCACUCGUACAUGGGGAGCUGCGCGGCAAACACCGCCGAGGGGGGCUACCCCCACCACGACAACUCCGCCUCGCCUCUGCUCGCUAGCGGCGGCGUGAUGGAGCCGCACCCGGUCUACUCCAGCCCGGCGUCGGCGUGGGCUCCGAGUCCCAAUAACGGAGCUUCUUACAUCAAGCAGCAGCCGCUGUCUCCGUGCAACCCCGGAGCCAACCCGCUGCAGCCCAGCCUGCCCACGCACUCGCUGGAGCAGCCUUACCUGCACCAGAACGGCCACACGGCCACGGACUUGCAAGGCAUCCCUCGGUACCAUUCGCAGUCCCCCAGCAUGUGUGACCGGAAGGAGUUCGUCUUCUCCUUCAACGCCAUGACGUCGUCGGCCAUGCACUCACCGAGCAGCGGCUCCUACUACCACCACCAGCAGGUCUCCUACCAGGACAUCAAACCGUGCGUGAUGUGAUGAUGCGGGUUCGGUUCGAUUCAGCUGAAACGAAAAGGAAAAGAAAACCACUGAGGGGACGUGAAGGACUCUCAAAGACAAGCCGGACUACUUUUUUUUCUCCCCUCUCCCGCCUCACGCAAGAGCGACCAUCUGUAGUGAUGAUGAUGAUGUUGAUAAUAAUAAUAUAUAAUAAUACAAACUUUUACGUGCCGUCAUCAUGGAGCAGCGGGGUGAAAGUCUGCUGACGUUUGGUACUAAGUCCUGCAGCGCGGAUGACUACAACUUCACAUUUCUGUCGAGCUUUAUUCUUCUCAUUGUAAAAAAAAAUGCACACUUCUCUUUUCUGCGUUCUCUUUCUUUUAUGGCAUAUAACACUCAUUUGGAAUUCCAGUGACAUGAACAAUUGUGGACAUUGUAUUGACGUGUCCAUGUAUAAAAAAAUGAUUAAGGCACUUUUUGAAUAGCCUGUAAGCGCAACUUUUUUAUUUAUUCUGAAGGCCUGCAUAUUUUUAAUUUCAGGAGAAUUGGCCAAGGAGUUGUGAUGCUUUAUUGGCAAUAUUUGUCAGAACGCUUAUUUGUUUUUAAAUGAAAAUGAGGAUAUAUUGUAAGCACCGUUUCUGUCGUUAGGAUAUGUAGAUCAUGAAUUAAUACCAGCACUGUUAUACUGUUCUAUAUUGUUGAAUAAUUUAGCGAGGAUCAUCUUUAUUACAGUCUGUAAGGAAAUAAAAUAUUUGUUGGGGCUGUUGAUGCCUAGAUUCUCAAGAGGAAUACAUUUGGAGUUUGUUUAAAAUCCAAGACAGGUUAACAAAUUGAAACUCGAUUUAAUCGGCAAUUAUCACGGGAUUUAACUUCUCGUUUUAUAACAUGAAUUUAACCCGAAAGGCAAAUUAAUUCUAAAUGUCAAAUUGGACCUUAAAUCAAUGUCAGUCGAAUUUAUUGAAGGGGGCAAGAAAAACUGUCAGAAAUAAUUUCAAUUUAAACCCUCAAAACGCAAUCUUAAUGUAAAAAAAAAGCUUUAAAUUAUAUUGCCACAUGAACUACAAUUACUGAGACACAUUUUAUGGCCACAUGGAUGCUAAGAGCCCUCUUUAAAUCAUAAUGUCUUGUAAAAAAUAAUUAUAAUAACACGACCAUAUUUGAUUAGGUACAAUUUAAAAAAACAUGCUUUUUACAUGAAACCCUUUCACAAACACAUGAAGAAAGCUCAAUUCAUUGUAUGGUAAAACUGACCGACACUCGUUUCAUCACACGAAUAUAAUCAACUACUAAUGCUGAAUUGAAAAGCCUUCUCUUAAUUGUUAGCAUUCAAACGUUUUUUUUUUGACUGGUAAUCUCGGAAAUGGUUUGAAUUAAAAUACUUUGUGAUAGUGGUUUACAAUGUGCAAUGUUUCUAAUAGUUUGCCUCGAUUAUGUGACAAAACGGGGAAACCAAAAUAGAAAACAUGGAGUUCGGUUUUGUUCAACGGUAAUCUACAACCACGUUUUCAAACAUUCCGACAGUGUCAAUCAAAACGGAACAAUGAACUCAUAAAAUAUUGUGUGUGUGUAUAUAUAUUUUUUGUUUUAACGUUGUGGGAAUUUAUGUAUCACGUCCAAUUUGUAGAUGACGUGCCCCACAAAACGAGGCAAUUCCAAAGCGCAAAUUGACCUGUAAAGCAACAGUUGAGUGUUUUAAUUGGCGGGGAUUAGGCCACAGUUUAAAGUGCAUUUCUUUCCCAUUAAGAUAACUUUUUUAUCUUUUAAACAAAAUAGCAGGUGCCGCGCGACAGAAAAGAGAGAUUCAACUUGCAAUUCUAAUAUAAAAGGGCAAACCAGUAGAAAUAAUUUCCAUCGAGUACGUUCAAGCCAAUCAAUGCUAGUUAGUCAUCGUAGAUGCACAUCGCAGCCCGAACUAAAAAAGCAGUGCACCUAAACACAUGGCUAUACAUUAAGGAGCACACAUGGCCCAGCAGCAGUGGAAUCUCUCAUUGAAACUGAUGACACUGGCCGAGGUGUGGCACGGCAACGGGAGUGAGAUGACUAACCACAGCUGCUCCCUCGACCUGCAGGCCCUGCAUGCCAGUUCCAUAAAAAGCCCGAAGAAGGCUGCCGGGUGCAGACUGACAUGACUUGCUGGGUGUGUGCGUGUGGAGCACUGUACACACAGCAGAAAGCAGGUACAAUUUGUCCAGGAACAUGGAGGUGACGCGAUCGUGUGAUGAAGGGCAGAUGUGGCAUGCGUGUUAAAAUUGUUGGACUACUGACCUCUCAGCUGUUUGCAAUUCAACGCAGCAAGGAAAGAGGACUGCAAAUGAAAACUACAAGUUGCUCAAACAACAAAUGUUACUUUUCAAUGUAAUAUUCGUUUAUUUGAAGACGUUGCAUUGUAACCAGGUAAAGCUUUCACAUCAAGAAAACUCAGUAAGUUUUGGCUGCCAAGGCCUUUUAUAGAAGGACUACCUGUACUUGUCAAAUAUU